CCAUUAUAACAGGUACUGCUUGCAAUAUCAGAAGCAUGGCCAACUCCUGCAUAAAAUAGGGUGAAUCCCAAGUCCAUUUUGUAUGUCCAUGCUUUCACACCAUGGCACUAGCAGAGUGAUUGGGUCCCAAUCCGAAACAGAAUUACAGAAAGGGUAUAAUUGUAAAUCCGUAGGUGCAGUUAAAACCCCCCAUUUGAGAUUCUUUUCGCAAAUUGACUGGCCUCAAUGUAUUUUCCAUACCCUUAUGUGCAAUACUAUCCCCAGCCCACAUCGACAAUUAUGGCCCAACAGGGAGAAAUUCCGAUGAACCCUGCUCCAUCUGUCGCCUUGCGCCACCCAGAAAUGUCAGUUACGGCCAAGCGCAGCCGUGAUGAGUUUGAAGUUGCGACGGUCUCCGCAGCAGGUGAGACGGAAGGAUCGGCCUCAAAAAGGGCCAAAUCGCAAGACAUUAUAUUUAGGAUCGUAGUGCCGUCGAGGCAGAUCGGGAAAGUCAUUGGCAAAGAGGGGUGUCGUAUCCAGAAGAUUCGAGAAGAGACCAAAGCCACCAUCAAAAUCGCCGAUGCUAUCGCUCGACACGAAGAGCGCGUAAUAAUCAUUAGUUCGAAAGAGAGCGAUAAUUCCUUUUCCGAUGCUGAGAAUGCCCUCAAGCAAAUAGCUACUUUGAUUCUAAAGGAAGAUGAUAGUCCAGUGGAAGCAUCAAAAGUGGUUUGUGCAGGGCAUGUUGCUGCAAACACUAUAAGAAUGUUAAUAGCAGGUUCGCAGGCCGGUUCUUUGAUAGGAAUGUCUGGUCAAAACAUUGAGAAAUUAAGGAAUUCAUCCGGUGCCACCAUCACAGUACUGGCUCCAAAUCAGUUGCCUCUAUGUGCUUCUGCUCAUGAAUCUGAUCGAGUCCUGCAGAUAUCAGGAGAUGUACCUGUUGUGCUGAAGGCUCUAGAGGAGAUUGGUUGUCAACUCAGGGAAAACCCGCCAAAACAAGUGAUUUCUAUCAGUCCAACAUACAACUAUGCUGCAGUUCGACCAACCCAACCAUAUGUUGACCCAACUUCAGCUGCUUAUGUAACCUUGGAGAUGAUGGUCUCGGAGACAUUAGUUGGUGGCUUGAUUGGCAGAUGUGGCUCCAACAUAUCAAGGAUCAGAAAUGAGUCUGGAGCAAUGAUCAAGGUUUAUGGUGGAAAAGGUGAACAGAAACAUAGGCACAUACAAUUUGGUGGCACUGCUCAGCAGGUAGCAUUGGCAAAACAGAGGGUAGAUGAAUACAUUUAUUCUCAGUUAGUGCAACAAGCUGGUGCUCAAGCUCAACCGUCAUUCUUGCAGGGGUGAUGAAGCUGGAAUUUAGGAGCUUUUAUGGAAAUUCACUGCUACAGAGUUCUUGGCAACUUACGCUCUCUCAAGACUUCAUGAAUGUUGAUAUAAAGAUGAGCCAUUGUAGAUGGGGGACCUAUGCUUGUUGUGUUGCAAUUAUGUACAAUAUCUAUUAAUAGUAAUGAUUAAUGAAAGAGUAUCCUCCUAUUGUAAUGAUUGAUUUUAGAUCCUUGAAAUUUUAUCAUUUUCAUCUGUAAACAUGAACAUCUUUAGGAAUCUGCGCGGUUAGGCAGAACAAGUACAACACAGAAGGGCUUUUCUUUUUUC